AUGAAGACUGAAGAAGUAGUGAUCCAGCUCUUCGCGCGUGACCUCCCUCCUCUCGAGCCAGAGAAACCAUGGGACGCAACUCUGAAGCAACACAUUGCGGCCCUCCCAGAACACCGUUACGUCGUGGCUGCCCUCCACCUCGCCAACGACGACAUUUAUGCCUGCCACGAUAUCGUGCAGGUCGACGAAGGCGAGCCGACUGCCGACCUGAUGCACGCCCUCGUACACCGGCGCGAGGGGGACCCAUUCAACUCGAAGUAG